CUGGACUCACGACGGUGGAUUGUUCAACCCCAAGGCCUUUAGGGAUGGAGGACAAGACCAUUCCAGAUAGAAGUAUCAGCGCGUCGAGUACUUGGGGUUCGUCCUACCCUGCUCGGAAGGCUCGACUCAACGGUGCGGGCAUGUGGGCAGCCGACAGUGGCGAUGCAAACGCCUGGAUUGAGGUGGACCUCGGGGAGAGUACAGAGGUGAAUGGCGUGGUCACACAAGGAAAAGACGCUUGGUAUGUGACGAAUUAUAAAGUGGCAUAUCAGGAGCAACCGUCGUCCGAACGUGUACACGUAGCAGGGGAAAGUGGAAAUGCCAAGAUAUUCAUCGGUAACAGUAACGGCAACACCCCAGUCACUAAUAUGUUUAAUGAGAGAGUAGAUGCCGUAACAGUGCGCAUUGAGCCUACUGGAUGGCAACGUGGAGUUGCUUUACGAUUGGAGUUGCUUGGAUGUCGCCGUUAAUAACUCGAACAUACCGUGUUUAAUGCCUUUCUUGGUAAAAGUUUAAUAUAAAUGCAGACAAAAUUGCUUCAACAAACAAAUAUUGACGAAUCUGUGCCUUUUGAGAGACUCUAGAUUGUGCGUGUUGCUACUAACGCGAGAAAAUACAUAUGCAGUGUAUAAAUAUAUCUUUCAUCUUGCUUUAAACGAAUUAUAUCAUAUACAUGUAUUUGACUGCUUAAUUGAACGGACUUAUGCAGACUGCGCUAAAGAAAUAUUAGCAUAUUGGAAGUUUUCAGGACAUUAGUUUUAUAGGCUAAAUGGUUGUUUUGUGGCUUUACGCUUUCUUAAUCAUGUUUUAGUAUCACAUUCACUAAUAGAUUAUUUGAUGUAAAGAGUUAAGGUAAAACACUAUCUUGUAUAAACAUUAACAACUCAGACCACCCCUUUAAGAGAUACGUUACCUUUUUAGGUUCAAAAUUCUAACGCGACCGUUGGCUUAGCCUAUGAUUCUCAUCAUUGCAAAUGUGGGCCCUAGGUUUUUUUCUAACCAAAAUCAGAUUAGACUUUAUAGCAAACAUUUUUUUCAAACGUAUUCUUUCACAGUGACAUUUAAUUUAACAUAUCAAUGAUACUGCUGUUCUCCAGCUGCCUUUAAAUUUGCACUCGUUUCAGAACACAGGCGAUUCAAAAAAGUGCCUCCCCAAGAGUCUGCAUUGCGUUGGCAAAUCACAGCGCGUAAAAUCUGAAAACCCUUUCCAAAAGCGCACUGGGUCGAACGAUUUGGCGCAUCAUGAUUGACCAAUGCGUUUCAAACUCUUCGAAGACCGCUAUUGUGAAACGCCCGUAUUUAGUUCAAACUUUAAGUGCUUUCAGAAGGCAGUAGAGUCAUCAAAUCAAUUCAGGACUAGUCAUCAACUGGUACAUUGAAAAUACCCAGGUAUUAUUAAAUCAAUCCCUGCGAUUCUCCAAUCAACGCUUACAAACUCCGAGCUUCGCUAAAAUUGCAAGUCAAAUUAUAAGUCAUUUAGGUCCUCAAUUCGAAGCAGAGAAAACGGAGUAAAAGCUAGGAGACAUCAAUGGAAGAGGUUUUGUCAAUGGCUGAGCAACCACCGUUAGAAUAUUACAUAAAUAUAUUUGUCGCUGAUAUCGUGGAGUCUUUU